AAUUGCUUCAGGAAGGACGGACCUCAAGGUUAUGAAUUUGGUGAUAUGCUUCCGGAAGUAGUUGAUGUCACUAAUGAACGAGUAGCGGAUACUGACGGGGCAGUAGAGCAGCUGCUUGUACCAGCCGCGAAGCUUACAAAAUCACUGGCCACCAUACUGGGUCUUGGAUCAGGAGCAGGAGAUAUAAGUAGAGCAUUAAGCAGACGCUUUCCAGACGCAGACAUAUACGGUGUUGACUAUAGCGAAAUUGCAAUAAGAAAAGCGAUUGAAAUCUCCAAAAUCGAAAGCAUCAACAACGUGAAGUUUCUUAAAGAAAACGUGACAUCAUUGCCCGCCGACUGGACAGGCAAGUUUGACUGGGUAAUCUUGUAUGACGUCCUUCAUGAUCUACCUGAUCAUGUUAAUGCCAUGAAAGAAGUUCAACGCGUUCUCAAGGACGGAGGUGUCGUAUCCAUUACUGAUCCGAAUGUACAUAGUAACCAUGGGGACAAUGUUGGUGAUUCGAACGUGGCUGGAGUAGGGUACGCUCUCAGUACUGUGAUUUGUCUUCCUUGCAGUUUGUCGAUAGAUGACGCAGCUGGUCAUGGCAUAGGUUGGGGAACCGAAAAUAAAGAAAAGUUUUUAAUAAGUUCUGGAUGGCUAGUGAAGGACAAACGUAAUAUUGGAAGUCCUUUGGCUGUCAACUUCACAUGUGUCAAGGCAGAAAACAAGCCAGACGAAUCUUCGUCAUGCUGA